AUGGACUUGCAAGCGAGAGACUUUACUCUAUUUAAAUCGACGUCGGUACUACAACAGGCAAAAGUCAGUCAUCCUUCGCCUUACCAGGAACCCCAGAUUCGAUCAACUGCCGGUUCCCGGUACAAGUUUGCAGAAACCAUGAAGUGCUCCAUCACCCCAGACUUGACGCUUCUCCGGCUCAAAGAUCGCCAGAUUCUUCCCGCAUCGGACGUAGCUUACGGAGAAAUCGUGUGCCGCUCAUCCUUGGUCGCUCUGCGGGGGUGGGCCAUCGUCACAGCCAGUCUCCAAUGA